CAGAGGAUUGCCGGAAAAGGUAUCAUGCCCCUUGACUAAAAAUUAGUGAAUCAAGAAAUCGGUGCUACAUCACACGGCCGCGGCCGUUGCAUAUUUGUUUUUUCUGCGUACUGUUGCGCGCACUCGGUCGACAUCGACGCCCUAUCACUCGCUCACUGUGACUCGAGCGGGCAGGUAUAUAGCUCUUACUGUUUGCCACAACAAAGGAGCCUGAGAAAAGGAGAAGGAGGAAAUAUUAGAAGAAUCGGACGACGCAACCACAGAGACAUCACGAAAUAAUGUCCGAUCAUCUGAAAUCUUCCAACCUCACUAUGAAGUUUGCGCCGAUUCAGCGCGAGAUCCGCUUGCCCACAAAGAGAAUCUCAUACAUCGAACCUCCGCACGUUAUACUCUGUUCUGACUCUAAAAUUACCCCUGAAGAGAUGAUAAUGACGGCCAUUUGUUGGACACUAGGAACACGACCAACGGAGAUGCCCGUGCGCCAGGUGCACAUGACACCUGAGCUAGCAAAAGCAGUAGAAAUGGCUACUAAUAUGAUUCACUCUGAUCAGAUCUUAGUCUUUCUUGGCAUGGCAGGACUGAUGACUAUCGUCAAAAGGAUCGUCAGAUCGUCACUACUUUGGAAUGAUGAAUAUCAUGAUUUUCGUGAAUAUCUCAUCAAUAGAUGGCAAGAUGUUUGUAGCACAACCGAAAUAGAAAACAUCUUUACAUCGGAUGUAGUUUUUCUGGGCCGAGUACUACGAGUCAUGACCUUUAUUAACACAUUAGAGAUUUGGCAGAUUUGGAUUGAAUCGAGACCUGCACUCUCCAGAAACCUCCUUGUUGCCGCCCUGGACCUUCCGGAAGGAUCUCCUAUGCUUGUGAAAACUGCGAUGGCUAAAGUAAAAAUAGAGAUUCAAUAUUUCGGUAUGGAGAUGAUACUAAAGAUGGAUGCCUUCGUGUCUUCACAAAAUAUAAAUGUAAAUAAAGCCAUCUUCGUCCCGGAUAUCGCACAACAAGCUGCGGAUCUCAGAGAAGCUAUGGACGAGUUACGCAUAAGAUAUGGAGAUCGUUUCCCAUAUUUGAAAAUUUACAGGCUCGAAGGAACAGAUCGCCUCAAUUAUAAGAAAUACCCAGAUCUUUUCUAUGCAGUUAUUGCCACCGAAGUUGCCAACAAUAGCAUAAGCCUUGAUAGCGUAAAGGAUAUUUUAAUGGAUUUGCAGACUCGUACCGCUAGACAUAUCAUAGAUGCUGAAGUAAAGAAAACGCUGAAAUCCGAGAUGGUUGAUAAAGUAACUACCGCCAAUCUCCGUUUCCUUAAUAUUGACCCGCGUCUUGAGCCGCGUUCCUUUUGUCAGCGUCGAGAAGAAAAUGAUUAUGAAAUGCUUAGUAUUGAAGGGCCAAAAGAUUAAAUAAAUGCAGAAACUUAUUAACGUCUUAUUGUACGAUAAAAUAUCAACUAAUUGCGAGAUAUAUCAGUUGCUCGAAAUUUAUAGGACAAUCUCAUAAGUAUGAAUAAUAAAAAUAACAGAAAAUGU